AUGAAAUUUUUGUUUAUAUUAUUCCUCUUUUUCUGCGACGCUUCUGCUGUGAUAUAUCGGUUAAAUAAUACAGAAUAUGUCCGAAUGCCGCCAUUGCAUCAUUUAGAUCCAUACGAGCUGUGUGUGUAUAAACCAAAAGGGUUAUAUUGUACAGUGGAGAUUGAUUUAGUUUCAGAUGGAAGCACAGAUGAAGGGAACGAAUUAAUGGAAAUGAUAAAAGAAUAUUCCGCACGUACAGAAACGCAUUACAAUCAUACGCGACUACAUCAUGGUAUUUGCGUCACAGAUAUGUGUCAAGAGUACCUAGCGCAAAAAACCACAGAGGACCUUAAAGUAAUACUUGAAGGGUGCUUAAAUAGUUCAUUUUGGGAAAAAUACAGAUUAAAAACAAGGAUUAAUGAAGACUUAGUUUGUAACCACCAAGAUGAAACAUUUGAGUUGGAACCUGGUGACAUUGGUGUGGCUAUGAUGGUGAUAUCUUUAGUUGUACUCAACAUUAGUGGAAUCAUUUACGACUGCUUUACUCUUCAGAAGAAGGACCACGAAGUAAACAAACUACUUCGAUGCUUUUCGAUAAGACGUAAUUGGCUAAAGUUGGUAGCUCCUGUAGCAAAUGGAAACGAACGACGGUUUAAGCGUCUAAAGAGUUUCAAUGGCUUAAGAGCAAUCACAAUAUUCUUAGUUAUAACGGAACACGCUUUACUUCCGUUUUUGAUCGCCUCAGACAAUACACUUUUCUUUGAAGAAAAAUACCACAAUAUUUUAUAUCACUUAUAUUUUGACGGCACGAUAAUUGUGCAGAUUUUCUUCAUAAUUUCCGGAUGCUUGUUAGCCUACUACUUACAAGUAUGGUCAGAGAAAAAAGAUCUGAGUUGGAAAAUGAUACCCAAAGGAAUCUUAGCGAGAUGGCUAAGGUUAACUCCAUCUUAUGCCAUCGUGCUUGCAAUAUCGUUGACCUGGUUAAGAUUCUUUGGAUCCGGACCUCUGUGGGGACAAGUAGUAAACAGUGUAGUGAAAGACUGCCGUCGCUACGGUUGGCUGCAUUUAAUCUAUAUAAACAACUAUAUAGAUAACUCGUUAUGCAUGACACAUUCUUGGUACCUUGCUGCGGAUAUGCAGUUAUACAUCUUUGGACUGGUAUUAUUAAUACUUGUUCAGAGAGAAUAUGCUAGAAAAGUAGUAUUGUCGGUGAUGUUCGUGAUAGCCCUAAUCAUUCCUGCCUUCCAUACGUACAUUCAAAACUUGAAUGCAUACUUCAUCGCCUACCCAGAAUCGACUCGGUUUUAUUUCGUAGCGGAUCCAACAUUCAACAACACGUAUAAGCGUGGUCAUACCAACUUAGCCAACUACAUUUUAGGUCUUGGUCUUGGUUUGUUAAUACACAAAAUGCAGAAGGAAAAAUUCAACAUUAAAAAAUACAGGAAAUUCAAAUUUGUGUAUUGGGCUAUCGUUCCCGUUGGCAUUGGAGUGAUUUUAUGCAGUGGUUUAUUCUAUAUGGAUGGUGUAUCGCCUCCUCUUCUUCUCAAGGCAGUAUACUCAGGAUUAGUUAAGCCAGUGUUUGGAUUUAUUACUUUACUUUUGAUUUUGGGAAUGGUGUUCAAGAUGGAAAAUAUCUACCGAGGAAUCUUCGAGUGGCAAGGUUGGACAUCUCCUGCUAGGGUUUCAUAUUCGGCAUACAUAAUACAUAUGCUGCUGAUCAGAUCAAUAACUGGAUCAAGAACUACGUUGAUUCACAUCACGCUUCCAUACAUUAUAAUAAUACAAGUCGGCACUGGUAUACUUUGCUAUUUAGUCGCCUUCCCUUUCUGGCUAUUAAUCGAAGCGCCAUUAUCACAACUUGUCAAUCUCAUAAUGCCAUUGAAGGAUAGCGAGAAAAUGAAGUCGAACACAAAAUUACACAAAAUAAAUUAA